AUAUCAUAUACUGUUAUGCAACAGGUUUUUACCCCAUGGUGCGCUAAUUGCGAGACUACAAGCAAGCAUGUUGAGAAGUUGGCUAAACACUUCAAAGGUUCGGAUCUGAUCUUUGCAAGAUUUGAUGCCUCUGCAAAUGAACAUCCAAAACUGCAGGUUGAUGACUAUCCAACACUCUUGUUUUACCGAGCUGGUGAUAAAUCGAAUCCGAUUAAACUUUCCACAAAAUCCAGCUUGAAGGACUUAGCAGGAUCCAUCAAUAAAAACUUGAAGACCAGAGAAAAAGUAGCAAAAGACUAUAGAAAAAAAAAUUACUUAUCAGUAUACUUAGAAUCUGAUAUGGAAAAGAUAGUGAAUUAAUUUUGUAACCAGUAAAUACUAUGGGUUACUUUCUAAGUUAAUAUUGCAAAAGUUUUAAUUAGGUUUUUUUAAUAUCAUUAAUUUAUGAAGAAAGUCCAACAAGCUUGAGAAUCUUAAUGAAA